AUGAAGCGGUUGUGCGAGGAGAGCUCGUCCGACACGGAGUCCGACGGCACCAUCGACGUGGGCCGGGAGGAGUACAGCCAUGUUUCCAGGUCUGUGUCUCCCACUACGACAUCUCAGAUACAAGCCAGGAAGAAGAGGAGAGGGAUCAUUGAGAAGCGGCGCCGUGACCGUAUCAACAGCAGCCUCUCCGAACUGCGGCGCCUGGUGCCCACCGCCUUUGAGAAGCAGGGGUCUUCCAAGCUGGAAAAGGCAGAAAUUCUACAAAUGACAGUAGAUCACUUAAAAAUGCUUCACGCCACUGGAGGAACAGGCUUCUUAGAUGCUCGAGCUCUGGCCGUGGAUUACAGGAGUAUCGGCUUCCGUGAAUGUCUCACCGAAGUUGUCAGGUACCUGGGCAUCCUCGAGGGCCAAAACACUGCCGACCCCAUCCGUCUGCGACUCCUCUCCCACCUGAAUAAUUAUGUGGCAGAAAUGGAGCCUUCGCCUGUGGCCACUUCUCUCCUGCCCAUCCAGACGUGGCCGUGGUCCUUCCUCCACAGUGCUGCUGGCCCCGUGCAAAUCCCCAGGAGGGAGGCUGCUCCCGCUCCAGUUGUUUUGACUGCAUCUUCCUUGGCUUACCCAAGCCCCGCUGUGAGGCCAGCACCGCUUCGCCGUGUCCCCAGCGACAUGCUGCCAUCCCGCCGAAGCUUCCUGGCCAGCAGGAUGGCCUCUUCCAGCCGCAGGGCCCGAGGCGCGGGCUCAUCCACGGCCAUAGCAGCUGUGCCCAGGAUGCCGUCACCAGCGGGCAUAUUGAGAGAGGGCUCAUCCAAGAGCAGCCAAAUAGCAACGUUCCUCUUCUCACCAGCCUCUGCCGGCAUCCCCAUUCCACCGGCUUACACAGCGCCUCCUGCCUUGGGCGCUGCCGCGCAGGGACCCGGGAUCAGGGUUGGGACAUCCAGGAUCUGCCGCUCCUGGGCUACUGAAAUCGGGGCUUUCUGACCCUCCCCUGCCCUUCGGAGACAGGAAUUCUUCAGCACUCAUUGCCCACAGGCCUAAGAACAAACUCAGCUGAAAAGGCAUCUUUCCUGCUUUGCAGAAGCCAAGGAUCCAUAAAGAAAAUUCUCUUUACUCUUCCUUCCCUCCUCACACCGCUUUCUUUGCCUCACCAUCACACAUCCUCUCCCUCAUGAUGCCUGCAAAC